GUGUUUGAGAGCGUAGCGCAGCAGCAAGCAACGAGAAGACCAUGAUCCGCUUCUUCCUUUUGCAGAACCGCCAGGGCAAAACGCGCCUGAGCAAGUGGUACGUGCCACCGCCGCCGGACCUCGAGAAGCCGCGCCUCGAGUCCGAGAUUCACCGUCUUGUGGUCGCCCGCGACGCCAAGCACACCAACUUUAUCGAGUUCCGCUCGUACAAGCUCAUCUACCGACGCUACGCAGGCCUCUUCUUCAUUCUCGGCGUCGACUUGCACGCGAACGAGCUCCUGUGCCUCGAGACGAUCCAUCUCUUCGUUGAGCUCCUCGACCAGCAGUUCCAGAACGUCUGCGAGCUCGACAUUGUCUUCAACUUCAACAAGGUCUACUCCAUGCUCGACGAGUACAUCCUUGGCGGCGAAGUCCAAGAAACGAGCAAGCGCGAGAUGCUCGACCGCAUCCGCGAGCUCGAGAAGCUCGAGUAGUGCAUAAU